AUGGACGUAAUUUCAGAGAAGUCAGUCUUCUACAAGAGCAACGUCUAGCUGUUCUUUUUCGAAUUUCUCGGGACAUUUCUUAUCACUAUUAUAAUAAACUUCAGUGGCUACAAUUGUAUCAUAGUCUGUGGCGGUUUAUUGAUGUGCAGUGUGGUAACUGGGCGUAGGACUGGUGCUCAUCUUAACUUUGGUGUGACUCUUGCUAUAUACCUCGUGGAUUGGCAUAAAAAUAAAAUCAAUAAAAAGGAUCUUUGCAAUUACUUUUUUUCUUCAAUAGCUGGUUGUCUUGCAGCAUACAUUUUCACCUACUUUAUGGAUCCUAAAAAAAUAGUAUGGAUAGUUCCUAUAAAAUUUGACAGUGAUCCUAUGUUUAUAUUUGCCUGCGAGACUUUCUUUACAACGCUAUUUUUGAUAGUGGUCCUUCAUAAUAGAGAUUAAUAGCUGUGCAUAAUCAAUGAUUAAGUUAUAGGUGCUUUAUCAACAAUGAUUUCCUUGUAUUUCUGUGUUCAAUGCAUCGGACCAAUCACAAGUGCAGCUCUUGGACCAACAUUACCAUUUGUCAAUAUAUUAUUCACUGGCUAUCUAUAUAAUACUGCAUUUUAUUUGAAGUUUCUGCCAGCUUAUAUAUCUAGUGGACUAUUGAGUUCUGCUUUAGCUGCUCUUUUUACCAGAUUCAGCAUUAAAUAUGCUUCUUAAAAAUCAUCCGAUGAAAUUUUAGGAGGAAAUGAAAAUUCAUCUUAUUAGACUGACUUAUUUGCUUUUGAAAAUAAUCAAGAUUAUUACAAAGAAAGGAUACCUUUCAGAUAAAUACACAGCUUAAAUUAUCUAUUGCCUUCCUAUGGAGCAUUAGAAGUCGAAAGAGAUUACGAGAAUAUAUCUAGUAAGCACGGUAAAUAUGUUCAAUUUUGCUGA